CUCGAGGCCGCCGUCACCUGCCAGGAGCCCCGCAGCACCGGAGGAAGAGAGCCGGGCUCGGUACCGGAGGACUCGUUUUCUACCGACAGCUUUCUGUCGAUUAUCGUAAAGGCAAACGGAAAGGAGUCAGCCAGGAGAGCAGCCUGGAGCCGGAGUGGCCGUCGCAUCGCUCCCCAGCCUCUCCUGACCAAGAGAUCCGGUCCUGAGCAGGAAAAGAGCGUUCAGAGAGCCCCGGCGUUCAACAAGAAGACGAUCGGAGGAGCGGCUCUGAACACAGCUGAGGAGAAUUAAAUCCAACCUGAGGAAUAAUAACAUUCAGACCGCCCUGUGGGUUUUCUUUUCCUUCUGUUUUUUACCCUCUGUUUCAAAGGGGUGUCGUUCAUUGGAUCAGACAAUAAUCUUUUUAUUUGACAGUAAGAAUCACAGUAAUGUUUCACCUCGACGUCUGCCUGGGAAGAUGAAACACUCGCUACUUUCUCUUCUUUUAUGAGCCUUUUGACCGUAGAGUUUGAGAGAAACUCUGAGAGCCCAAGGGGAAUUUUUUUUUUCUUUUACCACUUUGAACUUGCGCAAUCUCUUUCAUUUUCUGUUUUUACGUCACUGUUAUCUCUCGCUGUCUUUUCCUGAUAGCUCUUUGUUUCUCAUAAAAGGAAGAGAAGGAGGUGACUGACUCAAGUUUCUCUAACAGGAGCUCGAAUAGCAUUUGCAUUCCAGUUUGGCUUCCACGAGGGGACAAAUCCCUCCUUGUGUGUGUGACUGAGUGUGUUUUUUGUUGGCUGAGUGUCCCUCUUCGAUACAUUAACGUGUCUCGUGGGACAAUAACUGGCCCUGUGUGUCUCUCCUGGGAAAAAUGGGAUCAAAAAAGGACUCAGAGUCGCCUCACUCCUCGGUGAGCGGCGUCCCCAACCCUAAGUGCCGUGCGGCAGGCAAACGCCAGGGCCGCAUCUCCUUCCACAGCCUCUUUCACAGCAAACGGGGCUCUCGGGGCACAAGGGGCCCCAAAGGAGGCGCGGCCACCCCUUUAUCCCAUCACCACCAACAUCAGCAACAGGUCCUCCCUUCUGCCUUGAGCGCCGUGCCUGCCGCAGCCACUGCUACGCCCACCGCCGCAGCCACCGCAACGCCCCAGGACGCCGCCUCCAGCACCCCGUCGAAGCCACUCUCCUCCAGCCAGCCCUCCCUGGGUGGAGCCCCCUCCUCCGGGGAGGCCAACCUCCUGGAGUGCCCCCUGUGCCUGGUGCGCCAGCCCGCCGACCAGCUCCCCGAGCUGCUGGGGUGCAGCCACCGCUCCUGCCUCUGCUGCCUGCGCCAGUACCUCCGCAUCGAAAUCACGGAGAGUCGAGUCCAGCUCAGCUGCCCCGAAUGUGCCGAGAGACUGGUCCCCCGGCAGGUGGCGGACAUCCUGGACGACGCGGCGCUGCUGGAGAAGUACGAGGAGUUCCUGCUGCGGAGGUGCCUCGCCUCCGAUCCCGACUGCCGAUGGUGCCCAGCGCCCGACUGCGGAUUCGCUGUGAUUGCCUCGGGCUGUGCCAGCUGUCCCCGGCUGGUGUGUCGCAGGGAGGGAUGCGGCGCCGAGUUCUGCUACCACUGCAAACAGGCCUGGCACCCCAACCAGACCUGCGACUCGGCCCGCCAACAGAGGGCCCAGUCCCUGCACACCCACAGCAACCACUCGCCCAGCUACACGCAGGAGCAGGGCCCCGCUGACGACAUCAAGCCGUGCCCUCGCUGCGGCGCCUACAUCAUCAAGAUGAACGACGGCAGCUGCAAUCACAUGACCUGCGCCGUCUGCGGCUGCGAGUUCUGCUGGCUCUGCAUGAAGGAGAUCUCCGACCUGCACUACCUCAGUCCAUCCGGCUGCACGUUCUGGGGGAAGAAGCCUUGGAGCAGGAAGAAGAAGAUUCUGUGGCAGCUGGGGACGCUGAUCGGAGCUCCGGUCGGCAUCACCCUCAUCGCAGGCAUCGCCGUCCCCGCCAUGGUCAUCGGCAUCCCUGUGUACGUCGGCCGCAAGAUCCACGCUCACUACGAGCUGAAGAAGACGUCUCGUCACCGAAGGAACCUGGCCAUCACGGGAGGCGUGGCCCUGUCCAUCAUCACCGCCCCCGUCAUCGCGGCUGUCAGCGUGGGUAUCGGCGUGCCCAUCAUGUUGGCCUACGUGUACGGCGUGGUGCCCAUCUCUCUGUGUCGAGGAGGAGGCUGUGGCGUCAGCAGAGGGAAGGGCCGAGGCGUCCGCAUCGACUUCGACGAGGACGACGGUCCCAUCACAGUGGCGGACGCGUGGCGAGCCCUGAAGUCCCCGAGCCUGGGUGAGAGCAGUCUGGACGGGGCGGUCAGCGGUCUGAGCACCACCUCCCCCAGCGAGGGGCUCUCCGUGGCCCCCGGGGCUCUGGGGGACACGCCACACUUCAACACGCUGGCAGGCGGCACCCUGGGGACACGCACCAGCAAGUACAGCAGGCUGGAGGUGCAGGCAGGGGAGCUGGCUAAAGAAUCGGCCCAGAGGGAGACGGGCAGCCUGGGAGCAGGGAGCGACUGCGCCAGCACCCGAGGGAUGGCCGGAUCCAUCAUCUCGUCCUACACACUACCUGACAGGGAGUGCACCAACCUGGAGAUCCAGGUGGACAUCGAGACCAAACCCAGCCAUCUCUGCCUGACCAGCGAGGAGGACCUGACCCCGCCCCCGGGCUCCGUUGCCAUGGCGACCGUCUCGGGCGUGGAGGAGCCUCAGGACUGCAGCUCCAGACGGGGCGGGGCUCUGUCCGGCUCGGCGUUGGCGCUGUCCCCGGGCGUGUCCAUCAGGGACGGACUCAGAGACGUGACGCUGGCUCAGCCGGAGAGCAUCCGCAGCGACCUGGAGAUGUCGGACACUCAGUCAGACGACAUCGCCGAGCUGACGUCGGACGACUGCGACUCGCCUCACCCGAAGAGCUGCCACCUGGCGGCCGGGCAGCAGCCCCCGUCCUGCCGAGCCCUGAACCCCGAAGGCCUUCACUGUCCCGCCGACAGCAACAUCAUCCUCUACGUCUGAGCAGGAUUGCACAAAAAAAAACGAUUCCCCCCAAGAGUUACAUCUCCUUUACUCCACAGCUUUUUUAUUUUUUAACCGGCGUUUCUCGUUUGCUGCUUCUGCGACUCACAGACACCGUCUUAAACACAGACAGGGUUUGUUUACUUGUGUCUGUCUUAUCUGUCUACCUGUCAAUCUCCUCACUGAGUCAAUUGUCAGGGUUCUACCUCUGAGAUUUAUAAGAUGAUGAUUUAUGUUUACUCCUUGGUGCAAAAUGCCUUGGCUACUUAAGCAAAAAAAAAAAAAUCUAUAUAUAUAAAAAAAGAAAAAAGAGGUACACAUUUUCCACAAGAAAUAUUGCAAUUAUGAAAUUAUGAAAAAUAAGGUGAAGUAUCACCGAGCACAGCAGAGGGAGAAGGACUGUUGAUGUUUCUAACAAUGUGUGAGUGAAUGUGGACUUUGUACUCAACUCUUGUGGCUUUAUUUUUUCUUCUUUUCUUCUAUUUAUAUUCAGACGACCUUGAAAUUGUAUUAUUUGCUGCGUGCAUGAGUCUGCAUGAGCCAUGCCUUGUGUGAAAGGUUUUUUUUAAAAAAAAAAAAAGGGGGGCAGUGAGUUUCUGUUACACUGGUGAAA